AUGACGAGCUUCACCAUCUCAGACAGCGACCUUGACCAAAUCAAGGAUCAGGUCGUGCUCAUCACUGGCGCGUCGUCUGGCAUCGAUCUCGCAACCCUUCGCCGUAUCGUCCAACAUGGCGGUGAGGUCUAUGCCAGCGACCUCAACCCGCUUCCUGAGCCUAACGCGGCUUCCGUACCCGUCUCCAAAGUCGAUGUGACGGACUGGAAGCAACAGGUCGAACUGUGA